CCCCGCCCAACCAAAACUUUCCUGGGGGUAAUGGAAAUUGUCUGGUCGGUCACGCGUCAUCGACCUUUCCUUCUUUGUGAUUGCGUGAGGGAGUCAAGGAGAGAGAGAGGCAGGGAUGAGGAUGGCGCAACAGUAACGGUAAAAGCAACAGCAACAGUGACAGUGACAGUGUUAGUCAAGGUAUUAUGGUUGUGAUAUUGACCAUCACUUUACUCUCUCUCUCUCUCUCUCUCUGCCCCCCUCUAUCCAACCAAGUAACACAAUUCUAAGAUCAAUGCGGGCCUCUUUUUUUGUCCUUUCUUUUUCUUUUGCCCUCGUGGCUCCAAGAAUAACGAAAAUUAAAAAAAUAUAUAUAUAUCCAUCGGAGGAGCAGUACAGUUGCAUCAUCGUUGCCCGGUUCCCCUCGGUGUACCUCCAAACAACAUUCCCAACAAGGGCGGCAUUCCCCCCGACAGGAGUUCCCCUCGAGUAUCCCUCGAGUACUGGCAUUGGCCAUUACGAAAGAGAUUGCGUGAAUGAUGGCAAUUUUCAGCUAGCGGAAUGUGCGAGAAGAAGCCAACCCUGCCGUCGCUCGCCGCGCCUGAAGACCCGGUGCAUUAUUGCAUUGUCUUGCGCCAUUGUGCCCGGAUGUCCGUGUGUCGGUGGAAAGGGGGAGAAUCAGGAGAAUCAAGGCAUCGUAGAAGGCGGUGGUGAUGCUGACUGUGCUGGUGAUGGUGAGUUGUUGUCGAUGAAAGUUGAUGUUCGAGACCAUCGACGUUAGUCACGUUAGCCCCGAUUUGAUAUUCCACACUACUGGCAUCGUGUGAAGAUCUUUCAUCCACUCACUGCCCCUCUCUCUCUCUCUCUCUCUCUCUCUCUUGCUCACCGCCCAUGAUUGUUCCUCCCACUAUCACCUGCCCGCCAUGCUCAUUGCCUCACUUCAGUGGCAGUGGAUAGUCAUGAAGGAGC